GUUAUAUUGAAUCUGAUUCCCCAGAAAAUCUUGCCGUCGUCCGACUAGCUACUUCUAUGCCAAGUUGUUUACAAUAUUUGCUGCAAAGUCAGAAUGGCCGCCGUGCAGGGGUGGCCUGUGCCCCCUCCUCCAGGCAUCACUCCAAAUUUCGAGCAUCCAGAGGAUGUACUCAAAACCGUCAACAUUGUGGCGGUCGCAGCGACUAUCGCCGUCAUAGCCCCGUUAGUCGCUGGACGGGUAACUAUUAAACUGUGUAUCACCAGGGUAUUUAAUGUGGAAGACUACUUUUGUGUAUUGGCGUGGGCACUGAGCACUGGAUACCUUCUUACCGGAAUAUUCAAUUCCAUUACCUAUGGCCCAGCAGCUUGGGCAACUAAAACAACUCUUCUUCUGAUCUUCAUCAGGGUCUUUACGCCAUUCCGUAAAACAACCAGAUUCAUCUAUGUCUUCAUCGUCCUCAUGUUGAUGUAUUACCUCCCAGUCAUGAUCAUCAAAAUACGAAUCUGCAAUCCUAUCUCUGUGUUAUGGACUCCAGGUCUACCUGCUGUCUGUUUGGACAGGGUCAAGUUAUUCUAUUGUGAUACAGUCAUGAGUGCACUCACCGAUGUUGUCAUUCUGGUGCUACCGAUUCCAUUGGUAUGGUCUCUGAAAAUGCCCCUCAACCGAAAAAUUCAGAUCGCCGCUCUCCUAGGUGCUGGAGGUCUUGCCACCGGGGCGAGUAUUGUGCGUCUGUUUCUUGUGUUUCAACCCAACGACUUCAUUGACGAGACCGUUUCAUUCAUUCGCUUCAACCUUCUCGCUGUUGCCGAAGUAGGCAUUGGUAUAAUCUGUACAUGCCUGCCAGCCUUCAAUCUUCUGUUCAUUAAACACCGCCUCGAUCGAUCCAAGACAGCAUCGGCGCGGGCAAACCGCUCGCAAUAUAUCUCGAGUACGAAGAUGAGCAGACUAAAAGUCUCCCGGGAUCUUGAGAGUAACAGCGAAGAGGGAAGGAGCUUGACAAGGGUUGCAACUGAGACACACGUUGAGGUGAGGAGUUUGGAGAGUCCGAGGGAGGAAUUAACCCGAGUGCCUCCUGCGGCACACGUGCAUCUCAAGAAUCUGGCCACGGACGAUCCGAGGGGCGAUCUCAUCUUGCAAUUAGAAAGGGUGGAGACAGGAUGGAAGCAGCCUAGAAGUUAAUCACGAAUCAAAACUAAUCGUUAGUCUCUUCAAAUGCGACACAAGAACCAUGCCGAACCAGCAUACUGCUGAGACUUUCUCAGAUAAUCGGGCUCCAACACCACAACGUGCCCGUGUCUACGAUCACUCAACACAAAACCACAGGCUCCAUAGCUUCUCUCUAUCCUCUUUGUUAAUCCCGAUAUCUCGUUCUAGGUCUCUCAAGAAAUCAUAGAGAGUCCUCCACAGACAUUGAGACAUUGGUCGCAGUCUGUCAAUGCUGACACCUUCAGUUAAGAUUUACCCGACGAGCCUUCAAACUUCUUCAACAGAUCACUUGCUCUGGGGUUCUACAAUGGCAUCAAUAGAGACCGAGUCAAAUGGCGAGUCAAGCCCCACUGCGACGUCCUCGAUCAUGACAAAUUUCCAUCACGUCGGCCACUUAUCUUCAUCGACAAUUGCAUUCUCCGUCUAUGACCUUCCCUCUGAAGUGGAAGCAAAGUCAACUGCAAAAGCCCGAAAGCAUGCCAAAGGAAACUCAAACGUUU